AGCGCCGACGCGAGUUUAUGCAUGCAUGCCAUGCCUGCCAUGCCUGCCAUGGCGGGUCAGGAGCUGCGCAAGUCACAAGUGCGACGGUCAUCGCGGCAGCGACCUGAGAAGAGUGCAGUGACUGGUGACUCUUGGCUAGCACUCUCCUCUCAGCCCAUCUUUUCACCACAACCCUCCUCCUCUUCAUCACCAUCCAAAUCGGGACACAACCUUGGCUUGCUGGUUCCAAAUCUAGUUCCACACACCACCGCAUUGAGCAUACUCACAAGCGCUCAUCUCAACAGGUUUCUGCCUCAGCAUUGCUUCACCUCGGUCAAAAUGCCAUUGUUCAAAAAGUCUUCAAGCAACAAGAUCCCACCUCCCCCCGAGGUGGACCCCGUGAAUGGGCCGUUUAAAGGUGGAUACUAUGGCGCACCGCCAGGCUCUGCUGGAGGAGCUGCGGGUGGUGCUGGAUAUCCAGGAGGUCCCCCUCAACCUGGCGGACCGGGUGCACCUGCAGGCCGAUAUGGUGGACCUCAGCCUGGUGGAUACGGAGGAGCAGCAGGCUACAAUCAGGGCGGUGCAGGCGUAGCAGGGUACGGUAGAGACGCCUAUGCCCCACCUCAAGACAGAUUCGCAGGUGCUCGUGCACCCAGCUCUAAUCUUGGUUCAGACUUUGACCGCAUGUACGGCUCGAAUCGCAAUCAAGCGCACUCUGGAGCAAGAAGUGGAGCAGGACGAGAUGAUGCGAGCGAAUUGGAAGCUGAGUAUGGCGCUGGUUCGGGUGGAUAUCAGCAACAAGAGUAUCAGGAAGAAGCUCGACAGAGGACUGCUGAAGAGGAGGAAGAGGAGGAAGUGGAAGCGGUCAAGCAACAGAUGAGAUUCACAAAGCAAGAAUCUCUCAGCUCGACAAGGAACGCACUCAGGAUUGCGCGCGAGGCAGAAGAGACUGCUUCGGGGACCAUUUUGCGACUUGGACAGCAGAGCGACCAAAUUGCCAACACGGAGCGUCAUCUCGACAUGGCCAAGGCUCACUCUUCCAGAGCAGACGACAAUGCCAAAGAGAUGAUGCGCCUCAACCGCUCCAUUUUCAGGCCCAAUGUUGGCUUCAACAAGGAAGCCAAGCGAAAUGCCGAAGAAGCUCGCAUCCUGAACAGGCACAUUGAAGAGCGAGAAGAACGCGAGGCGACGCGUGCCGAAGCGUUGCGCGCACAGAAUCGCAUGGAUCAAUCUUUGGGCGGUCCGGGUUCUGGCAGAUUUGGCAAAUUCGCCGCGGACAGAUUCGGGGGUGGAAAGAGCGCUGCGUCCAGGGAAGAAGAAGCCAAGAAGAACAAGUUGGCUCAAAGGAGCAGGUACCAAUUCGAAGCUACGGGUAGUGAUGACGAGCUGGAGGAUGAGCUGGACAAUAACCUGGACGAGAUUGGUCAGCUUUCUGGAAGAUUGAACCAGCUCGGUCGUGCGAUGGGAACGGAAAUCGAUGAUCAGAACUCGCGCAUUCGUAGACUGGGCGACAAGACUAGCGCGCUCGACACCAAGGUCUUCAACAGCACCCAGCGUCUCGAUCGCAUCAAGUGAUCCCAUACAUUCCGACCACUUUCCAUCAUUCGGACUUGCGCUGUACAUAUGCCGACUUGGCAACUUUUCCUUUCAUAAUGACAUCUUCUCGACGCGC